UUUUUUUUUUAAAUAUAUAUAAGCACAGACAAAGAUAUACUUAUCUGUGAUUGAAAACAAAACGAUUGAAGAUCGAAUAUAUCAUAUACGUAGCCGUAUCGAUAUGAAAUUAUUCUUAAUUUUGAUUAUUCCUAUUUAAGAAUGAAUUGCUAAAAUUAACCUCAAAAUUUUCUUUGUGUUGUAGAAACCAUUAAUAUAGCAUAUUUUAAAAGAUUUAAAAAUUCUAGUAAGUUAUGACCAAUGAUGAACCCUGCAGAAGUAUAUGGAAUAAAUUUUGUGACUCUGUAAAUAGUGGAGUAUUUUGGACUUCCACGGAAUUUAAAUCAGCAUGUCCCCCGAAAAAGAAAAAGAAAAAGCCGGACGAAGAACUCAGUAAGGGAAUGAAAUUAUCAGAUGAAGAUACAAAAGAUGGUGUAGAUCCCUCGUUUUCAAAAAAAUCGCCGUAUCAAAGUCCUAGUGAUAUUUGCCCCGAUGUUAAAUCUUCUUGUUAUAUUAAGAUGCAGGAUCCUUGUAGACCAUGCUGUUGCGAUGAUAAACCAAAGCCACCACCUUGCCCGCCAAACCGCCGCCCACAACGAUCACGGGAAACAAUCUGUGGUUGCGAACUUUGUCAGAAAAAUCCUAAUCAUGAGAAAUGUUGUGAUAAGAAUAGAGCAUUUCGCGGUAUAGAUAUCAAUCGUGAAUAUUUCGAGAAAGCAUAACAUUUUUUUUUACUAUAUGUCGGUUUAUAUUCUCUAUAUGUAGAAUGAAAUUACUAAGAAGUGACGUCACUUAUUAUAUUUUCAUCAAAUGAUUUUAAUCAAAUAUAUAU